GUAUGAUGUGGAAGGUGGAGUAUCUGCAGGGUUUUUUGGAAAGGUAGUGUUUGUGUUGAAGCUUGUUUCUGAAUUUAGAGUUGUUUGGGAAUUUGAAUCUUUACUUCUUUAGGAUAGUUUUGGGGGCGUUGCUUGUGGAAUUGGGAGCUAGUGUUAGCUUGUGAUUGCGGAUGGCAGAAGACGGCCUACGGAUUGGUGGGCUUUCUUCUGGUUUGGCUGUGAUAUUGAAUGGUGAGGAUGGGAAAGAGAAUUCGUCGAGAUCCCACUUUGUUUCGUGUUGUGAUGAUUUAGGCCAUCAGUCUGUGGAGCGGACUCUUGAGUAUGUAUUUGCCCUGCCUAACAAAUCACUUGGUCCAUUGGUUUCUUCAGUUGAUAGGAAUGUAGUCCGAUCUAUCCUAAAGAAUGAAUUUUUGAAAUAUCACGUAAAUUCAGAAGCUUCUGUCAGUAACAGAGAUGGGAUUGCUGUGGAUAAUGGUAGUGUACCCCAAAUUGUUGGUCUUGAAGAAGUCAGCAUUUGUGGUGACAUUAGAAUUGUUAAGUCACCUUUACUUUUAGAGAGCUUUGCGAUGUUUAGUAGUGCAAGAGGUAAUGUUCGCGUUUGGAAGGGGAAAUGGAUGUAUGAAGUGACUUUAGAGACUUCAGGGAUACAGCAGCUUGGAUGGGCAACUGUUACUUGCCCUUUCACUGAUCAUAAGGGUGUAGGUGAUGCUGAUGAUUCUUAUGCCUUUGAUGGUAGAAGGGUAAAGAAAUGGAAUAAGGAAGCUGAGAUAUAUGGCCAACCAUGGGUUGCUGGUGACAUCAUUGGAUGCUGCAUAGAUUUGGAUUGUAAUGAGAUUUCUUUUUACAGGAAUGGUGUUUCACUUGGAGUGGCAUUUUCUGGUAUUCGCAAACUGGGACCUGGAUCUGGUUAUUAUCCUGCUAUCUCUCUUUCUCAAGGUGAAAGGUGUAAGUUGAACUUUGGGGCACACCCCUUUAGAUAUCAAAUCAAUGGUUACCUUCCCCUUCAAGAACCUCCCUCUGUAAAUGCUUGCGCUACCCAAUUGCUGCAGUGCUUAUCAAGAUUGUUAGGAAUGGAGCGGGCUGAACGUUCUUCAGUUGAGAAAUCUAGGAGCCUGAAGAGGUUUGUCUCACUUGAAGAAAUAUUUUAUCCUGUUUCACAUGGGAUAUGUGAAGAGUUCUUCUCUGUGCUUGAGGCUGAUAUGGGGAGUAUAGAGUAUGUGAGCUGGGGUAUAGUUGUGUCAUUCAUGAUGGAGGUGUUUGGAGUACAGGUGCCACAUGAUUAUUCCAGUUUGGAUAGAGUUGUGGAUGUCUUUCUGCAAUAUCAGGAUUCACAUGUGAUGUUUGAGCAUAUUUUGAAUGCACUUUCAUGUGGUUGCAAAACAGCAUCAAUUGUUCUUACAGAAUGCCCGUACUCAGGAUCAUAUCCUUAUCUUGCACUGGUAUGCCAUAUCUUACGAAGAGAGGAAUUGAUGGUGCUAUGGUGGAAAUCAUCAGAUUUUGAAUUCAUUUUUGAAGGUUUUCUGUCAAGGAAGAGUCCAAAUAGGCAGGAUCUUCAGUGCAUGAUGCCUUCUGUUUGGUGGCCUGGUUCAUGUGAGGAUGUGUCCUAUGAAAGUAGCAUGAUGUUGACGACCACUGCUUUAUCUGAAGGAGUCAAUAAGAUUGAAGAGAAGCAUAGAGAGCUAUGUCUCUUAGUCAUGCAAUUCAUACCACCUAUAUCAUCUCUCCAAUUUCCGGGUUCAGUGUUUAGGACAUUUAUACAGAACAUUUUAUUGAAGAACAGAGGAGCAGAUCGCAAUAUGCCACCUCCUGGAGUUUCAAGUAACUCUGUUCUUGUGUCUCUAUAUACAGUUAUACUUCAUUUUCUAUCUGAAGGGUUCUCCAUGGGGGAUUGCUGUAACUGGUUGAAGACCUCUGAAAGUGAUGGCUGUCAUGUUGGUUUUCUGCACAGAGGUGGUCAACAAAGCUUUCCCGUAGGUUUGUUUCUAAAGAAUGAUCCUCACCGAGCUGACAUUUCAAGGCUUGGGGGUUCAUUUAGUCAUCUAUUGAAGUCUCAUCCUGUAUACGAUCAAGAAGCUGAAGUAAUCCGGUGGGAGGAAGGCUGUAUGGAUGAUGAAGAAACUAGAGUGACUCAUUUAACUGAGCAGAAACCAUGUUGCUGUUCAAAUUAUGAUGCUGAUUUUUCCAGAAGCUUGAAGUAUCCAAUUAGAUAUGCAGCUAAAGGUUCUCGGGGCCAUUGCAGUCCUAAUCCAGAAAGGUCUGCUCAGGUUGCUGCAGAGUGUAGUGCUGGAAAUUUGAAUGACGAUAUAGCGGAUAAACCUAGCACCAGUGAUCAAUCUGAAUCCGAGUUUGGUUAUCAUCCAGUAAGACAUAUGAGGAUUGUACCAAGAGAGAGCAAUACGUCUACAACUACACUUAGAGAGGAGGAGCUUCUAGAUGCUUUGCUGUUGUUGUAUCAUGUAGGUCUUGCGCCAAACUUUAAGCAGGCAUCAAAUUACAUGUCUCAUCAAUCACAGUCAAUAUCUCUCCUGGAAGAAACUGAUAAACAAAUAAGAGAACGACCUUGCAGUGAGCAAUUAAAGCGCUUGAAGGAGGCUCGUAAUAACUAUCGUGACGAUGUUAUCGAUUGUGUCAGGCAUUGUACAUGGUAUCGCGUUUCCCUGUUUUCUCGGUGGAAGCAAAGAGGAAUGUACGCAGCAUGCAUGUGGAUUGUGCAAUUGCUUCUGGUUCUUAGCAAAAUGGAUUUGGUGUUCAUAUAUAUCCCAGAAUUUUACCUUGAAGCUCUGGUUGAUUGCUUUCAUGUCUUACGAAAGAGUGACCCACCAUUUGUGCCUUCAGCAAUAUUCAUCAAGCAAGGACUUGCUUCAUUUGUCACUUUCGUAGUAACCCACUUCAAUGAUCCAAGGGUAUCCAGUGCAGACCUGAGAGAUCUUCUUCUUCAAUCUAUAUCUGUCCUGGUUCAGUAUAAAGAAUAUUUGUCAGCUUUUGAGAACAAUGAGGCAGCCACUCUGAGAAUGCCAAAAGCAUUAUUGUCAGCAUUUGAUAACCGUUCCUGGAUUCCAGUAACUAACAUUCUUCUGCGGUUGUGCAAGGGUUAUGGCUUUGGUUCUUCUAAGCAUGGAGAAUCAUCAUCUUCAUCAGUUGUUUUCCAGAGACUACUUCGUGAAGCCUGUAUCAAUGAUGAAGGGCUAUUCUCAGCUUUUCUGAAUCGCUUAUUUAACACUCUCAGCUGGACAAUGACUGAAUUCUCAGUUUCUGUCCGAGAAAUGCAAGAAAAAUACCAGCACUCUUUGCAGGUUUCAGACUUUCAGCAAAGGAAAUGCUGUGUCAUAUUUGAUCUCUCAUGCAAUCUAGCUAGGGUUCUGGAGUUCUGUACCCAUGAGAUCCCUCAAGCAUUCCUCUCAGGAAGCGAUACAAACCUCCGAAGGCUCACUGAGUUGAUUGUAUUUAUUCUAAACCAUAUAACUUCAGCUGCUGACACUGAGUUUUUUGACUUGUCACUAAGACGGAAUGGUCAAUCUUCAGAGAAAGUCAACCGAGGCACCAUAUUAGCCCCCCUUGUAGGUAUCAUCUUGAAUUUGUUGGAUGCAAGUACAGAGCCAGAAAGCAUCGGGAAGAAUGAUGUCGUGGGCAUAUUUUCAAGCAUGGACUGCCCCGAUACCAUUCACUGUGGAUUCCAAUACUUACUAGAGCACAACUGGGCUGGAUCCUUCAGAGGAGAUGCAUAUCUAACAAAACUAAGGCAGCUAGAGUGUUUCCUGGGCCUUGUCCUUUGCCGGAUUGAGACACAAGAGAUUGAGAAGACUAGAUCCGGGACAGUCACAGAUGCCGAUGAUGGCAUGUGCUGCAUCUGUUAUGCAACUGUAGCGGACGCACAAUUUGUGCCUUGUUCCCACAGGUCCUGCUACGGCUGCAUAAGCCGACAUCUUCUAAACUGUGUCCGAUGCUUCUUCUGCAACGCAACUGUCGGGGAGGUCAUCAAGAAAGUGGAGACGAAAAAUAUAUCCGAUCAAGACCUAUCACGACUCGUUCCGUUGUCAUCUCUAAUUAAUUCUCAAUGUGUCCCAAGCCCAUGAAAUUAAAAACUGGAAAAGCCCAAUAAACUUUCACUAGCCCAAUCCGGCAUUUGUCGGAGAUCGCAAAAGCUGAAAAAAAAAGAAAAAAUAAAAAACCGACAUAACAGUUUAAGUCGUC